AUGGACGCCUCUCCCAGCUCCUGGCUGCCCGGCGGGGAGUUCUUCACGGACAGCCCGGAGAACUCCAGCGAGUGGCCCGGGACGGACGGACCGACCCAAGAGAUUUGUUCCGAGGACGAAGUUGUCAUAGGCUACCAUGCCUACCUUGCUGUCGCGAUCUAUCUCACCCUUCUUGGAAUAGUAUCUGUUGCCGGGAAUGCCAUGUCCAUCAUCGUAUUCGUGACAGAGAAAGAGUUCCGUAAAAAAGAGCACAACAGUCUUCUCUUGAACAUGGCCAUAGCUGACUUGGGCGUCAGCAUCUUUGGAUAUCCCGCCUCCACCGUGUCAGGGUUCGCAGGAAGAUGGGUGAUGGGGGACGGGUAUUGUCCUGCAUAUGCGUUCAUCUGCUACACCUUCUCUAUGGUCACCAUGAUCACCCUGGGUGCCAUCAGCGUCUACAGAUACAUCGUCAUCUGUAAACCACAGUAUGCCCAUCUGCUGACCCAUCGCAGGACCAUGUAUGUGAUCCUCGGGAUCUGGCUGUACGCCCUGACGUUCACGGUCCCUCCGCUAGUCGGCGUCAACUACUACACCUAUGAACCGAUCCGAAUCAUCUGCUCCCUGAACUGGAACGUGCAGUACCCGGGAGAGAUCGCCUACACCGCGUACUGCAUCAUCUUCGGCUACGUCAUCAAGGUCGUCAUCAUGGCGUACUGCUACUUCAACAUCCUCUUCAAGUCGAUGAACCUGAAGUUUGGCGCUCUGGCCAGCGAGAAGGCCAAGAAGGCUGUGAAGAAAGACAUCAUGAAGGCCUCGCUGAUGUGCCUGACCAUGGUGGUGUCCUUCCUGAUCGCCUGGACCCCGUAUGCCGUGUCCUGUACCUGGGACAUCCUGUCUGAGGAAGAUCUGCCCAUCAUCGCCACAAUCCUGCCCAGCUUGUUCGCCAAGUCGUCCUGCAUGAUGAACCCCGUCAUCUACGCCUGCUGUAACGGCAAGUUCCGCCAGGCGGCUGCAAAGUCCUUCCGCAGGCUCGGCUGUAUGAAUAACCAGGUAAAUCCUCUGAAUACCGUGCCAGUGGUGCGCGGGAACAGGUGCCCUGCGGCAGGGCCUGCCGAGGAGGGCAUGGCCAUGAAGUCCGUUCCACCCAGUGCUGCGGCCACGGUCGACAGGCAAUCGACUUCUUGUUAGAAGGGUAAUAAAUGGUUUAUUUGACAUUUCAUACGCACUUAUCACACUUGCAGGCCUAAGACUGAAUUAUGGUGAUAUGUAUUAUAUAAUAUAAAAUACGGGUAGCAGUGGUCUGGGUACUGCAUCACCAGUUGAGCUGUUUCCACGCGUUGGCAUAAUGAAAAUUUGCUGCGUUUGGCAGAGGUCGGAGCUAUGCUCAAAAGUAUUUCUGCUCUGCCGAAUCCUUCGUACAGAUUACUUCAUAGACCUACAUAGUGGCCCAGAUGGCCGAGGAUAUGGCAUUCAACAGAUGCUGCAAUUUCUUUUUACAAGAUAAAAACUAAAAUUAUCAUCCUCGAAUGAAGAGGUUUUCAGAUAUUCUAAACAAUGAAUAGCUGGGUAGAGUACUAGUAUACAAAAAUGUUGCAUUAUUUGAUAACGCAGCUAAUCUCAUGUACUAAAUAUGACCUUCUACAC